UUUCAUUACCACCACUAUCGAUUAAACAAGACUAUCCCAGGUACAAUAUUCCUAUCCUUGCAACCAUGUCCAAAGUAUUUGCAAGAAAAAGCAAACAAUACAUUUCAAAAGUAAAAAAAACAAAGAGUUUUUGUGUUUCGUCUAGAGAAUGGUGGGAAGGAGUAUUCAUUCAGUUGGAAGAACAUAUUAAGGAGCCUGAAAAACUGACCUCUGAAGAACUUGAAUUAUUAGCAUCUCAAAUAAAUUUAGGAGAUGUUUCGGCAAUUUUAUUCUCAAAAAAAGAAAUUAAUGAGAUACAUAUCGAUUCAAAAAUUUUAUGUGAAAAAGUUAAAGAUCGUAAAAUAAAAGAAAGACCAAUUACGAAAAGUGUUGAAAGUUUAGAUGUAAAUGACACUAUUUCUACAAGGGAAUCCAGAAAAGUUGAAAAUUUGAGAUAUGAAAGUCAGGAUCUUCUUUCUUCGGAAACUGAAAGUUCGUGGGAAAUUAAUUCUGACGUGGGUAAAGAUCUUCUACUAAACACAAAGAACUUUUAUCGCCCACCAAGAGCAGAAAUGGAUCUGGUAUCGGAGAACCUUAGCAAAGGAAGCAGAAAAAGUUUCAGGGGUUCGAGGAGAUUUAACAAAGCUGUAGGUGGUUUUGAUUUCGAAGAAUAUGUAGAAGUCAUCGAGGAACAAACAAAACUUCCUGAAGAAAAAUAUUGGAAAAUGUAUGGCAAUUUUAUGAAAAAGGAACCUAGUAAGGCUGCAAUAUGGAGACCGCAUCCUCCCGUGACCUUUGAGGAGAUGUCAUUGGUUCAGAAAGCAAAUGCAGUAACUGAAAAAAUUGCUAAAGAUUUUAUCGAAUGGAUGCAAAAAAUAAAUUCACAGACUGCAAUUGGUAUAACAACAGAUAAUUUGAUAAAAAUGUUUGAAAUUGGUUCUCAAACAUCAGUUGCUUCAGCAAUAGAUAUGAAGAUGCACGAAAUGCCCUCUUUGCCAACACGAGUUGCUAAUUCAAUGAAUGUCUCUCAUCUCUCAAAACAAGCAAUAUUGAGAAAUGAAAUAAGUAAAGAUAUAAGGGCAUCAAAACGUAAACCAAAAAUACUAGUAUUUGGUUCAAGAUUACCACCUGAAGAACAGGUCCUACCACAUUUAAACGACACUGCUGCUAAAUGGCAUCAAAGUAUGGUUGGAAAAGAUGAUAUUAUUCACAUGGAUGCAGUUUUUAAGGGAAUAACUCAUUUAAGAUCUAUUAGGGAAUUUGCAAAAUAUAUGAGAGAAAACAAACCAAAAGUUGCUCGACCACGAUAUCUAGUAAAAAAAGGAUUAUUUAACAAAAAUCAACCAGAUAACUCUUCCGAAUUAAGCGUGAGCUCAAACUUAGGCAACGAAACUAAAGUAUAGUGAAGAAUAAUGAAGUACUAGUGAUAUUUUUAUUAUAUACAUGGCUUUUUGUUAAUAUUAAGUUAAAUAAAAGUACUUUAUAUUA